UUUUAGUAAUUUGACUGAUCGAGCCGUGUAAGCUCGUCCGCGCGACCCCAAAAAAAACGCUGAAAUAUAACUUGGACAGCGUUUCCGCGUCCGUACUGCUGUCAAAAAGUGUAAUAAUGUAUUUUAAGAGAAAAAGAAACUAUUACCGAAGUGUUAUAUUAUAGCCCAGGUGUUUUAUUUAGGAGUUUGACGAGUUGUAUGCCGUUCGUAAAGAUGCACAGUUGCGAGACUCUGCCAGCCCAGCCGGCGUCGGGACCGAACCUGCUUCUGCAGCUCGGACGUCUCAUCAUCAGAGCUAGAAGCACCAGCCCCGCCUCCCGCGCCCCCGCUGCCACCCGUGACCGUCUGCUACACGCUAAACUGCUCGCUGCGAAGCCUUCUACCUCUACACAGGUACAAACACAGCCGAAACCAGAGACAGACAAGCCCAAAAGGAAUGUAGAGGCCCAGCUCAGUAGUCACGUCCACGCCCUAUGGAACGAACAGAUACCGGUUUGCAUCGAGGUACUCCUGGCUCCAGACUGCCGGGAAUGCUUCAUGUCACUAAGUCGAGAUGACGAAGAAGCCUCGUACAAUAAGCUGCACUCACAGCCCAGGGGCUUACUGCUCGAAAGGUGGACAAUGCAAGCGCUUAUCAACAAAAAUCACGAGUCUCCAACUUUCACGACGUCGCAGUGGCUGCUCAACGCGAUCCGAUCACAGCUGCACUUCUCCCAGCUCGGGGCGUGGUUGGCCCGGCUCAAGGAGACGGGUGCCGAUGAUAAUCCCACGGAACGAAGGAGAAAGCUCAGCCGCGAAAAGUGCAAUUACAAAAAGCUCGAAUCGAACUGCGACGUGGAGGACCUCCCCGACGAACAGCAGAGGAAACUGAACGUCGUCUACUCCGUUAAAAUACCUGGCGAGAAUUACAACACGACCGAGUUCUCUAAGCCCCCUACAGACCACCACUUCCCCGUGACCGACAUCGGUAACAACGUCUACUUGAAAGUAGUACUCGAGAGCCUCCCCAGGAUCGAAGAUAUACCAAACGUCAAGUGUACCUGCCAAAAACGACAGCUCAACAUAGAAAUCCCCCAGAAUCUGAACGAAGAUUUGGUCGGGAAACUGAAUGAUCUCAGCUUAGGCUCGAAAUGCGAUGCAGCCAACGUCAAGAGACCGACCGCUUCGCACCAGAGCCAAAACGAAUACGUAUUUAUAAAAAAGGAUGUCUUAGAUGAUAGAAUGCUGACUCCGUGCAGCGAAAAUGGAAAACACAAGUGCAGUUGUGAUGAUGAACUAGACGAGAAAGAGAAGACCAAGAGAUUAGACGAGAGGAGACUGAAGGAGAUAGCCAAAUGCAAAAGGCGGUUGAGGAAAGAGAGCAGAAUCAAGAAACAAGACGAGGAGAAGAACAGAGAGACCACGUCGAUACCGAUACUACAGGCCGCCAGAUUCGACAGGUUCAGAGCCAUAGGAUGCUACAGGAACCAGACGUACCUGACCUUGCCAGCCAGCAGGAUUGAGACGAGAUCUCCCUUCGCGGAGACCGAUUGCGUGCAGAUCGAAGUCAAAAAGACCAGUACGGUCUCCACGCAGACCGACGAGCCCUUCUGCCAGUGCGGCACGAUGGUGAGCCUGAAAUGCGAGGGUUGCCGUCUCGUGCGCUCAGAAGGGACCUACAACCUGGCCGUCUACCAAGACGAGAACAGCAAGAAGCACAAAUGUGAUGUUAAUUGUGAUAGUAUAAUUAGAAGACCGAAGCUGCGGAGGCUGCUGCCGGUCACGGACAGGAUCGAGGAGGUGAUAACGGACAGGCAGCGGAAGGACAUCGCGGAAUUGAACCUGAACAAGGACGAUACGGUGUUCUGUAGCCCGCGGGACAAGAGGCAGAAGACGUAUUCGGUCAGCGACGAUGGGUUCGUUCUUUACGAGAGGUGUGAGUACGGGACCAUCGACAGGUGCGAGGGGGAGGCGGGGGCGGAGGGGGUGGCAGGGGGCUCCCCCGUCCCGAGCCCGUCGGACGUCGACAAGUUCAAGUGGCGCCUGGACUCGGCCGCGUCUAUGGUGUUCCACACGAAGACCGGCCUGCCGCUCACCUCCAGUCCGGCGCCGCUCAGAAGGGGAACCAACUGCUUCGACUUCGACGACACGAUCAAUGGUGUUUCCGGAAUUAAAAGUGCUCUGUUCCACCGCAUCGCGCCGCGCUCGCCGACCCCCCCGGGCACCGCAUCCCCCCCGCCCCGUCCACUCCCCCCCACUCCCCCCGCCCGGGCCCCGGGCGCGGCCCCGGCCAAGCUCAGGAUCGGACCCAGCCGGGGACUCUUGGGCAGCUUCGAGGAGUCGGCUCUGAAGGGUCGACUGGAGCCAGUCGCGACCGUCCAGGGUUUCACCGCCGAGCUGGGCGCGUCCGGGUCGUGGUGUCCGCCGCACCGGAGGCUGCCCGUCACCGUGUUCUUCUACGCGCCUGGAGGAACCAACGCUCCUUAUAUGGGUCACAUUAACCUAGGUCCAAGCGGCUACCGCAUACCUCACUCGGGGACCAUCCAGGUCUCCCUGUUUAACCCUCACGGGACCCUCGUGAAGAUGUUCGUCGUGCUAUACGAGCUGAGCGGGAUGCCCCCUUCAGCGAGGACCUUCCUCCGGCAGAGGACACUGUACAUGCCCGCCGGGGCGGAGCCCCCGCGCACCAGCAUGCUCUACAAGUGGCUCCGGUAUCUCAUACAUCUCAGGUUCAUGACCUCAAAAUCCGGAAAGCUGUAUCUGCACACGGACAUCCGGAUACUCGUGUCAAGGAAGGCGGACGUUGACACGGCGACUGUACAUUCCAUCUUCAGACCGAUCUCGAACUCGAAUAGAUCUCAGACGUCCAGCCGGAGCGCCGGACCGGUGCGCGGGGAGCCGGACCGGGGCCCGAACCGUGUUUUCGGCGGUUGUGGGGACCCCGGGGGGGCCCGGUCCGGCGCGGACCCCGGGGGGGCGCGUAGGGGGGCGCGAGAGCUCGGCUACGAGAACCACAAUGGGGUCGCGUUCGAACUACGCAGUUUCACGUACGCCCCUGACAACCCCAGAUACUCUCCUCGCUGACGUCACGCGCCACGGUCCCCUCUCCCCUAUAAGCGGAUGCUGCGCUUGCGGCGUAGACUUGUAUGAUUAAAGAUAAAUAUAUUUUUUGGUUUUUUUAUAUAUAAACAAAAUGCGAGUUGUC